GUAUGCAGUAUCACUCUCAAAGCCUCUCCUCAAACGGCUCAUAUUAGAAAUACAGCACUGCGUUGAUUUAACAGGACGACCAGGUCUUAGUCGUCAUCUCAAGUUUGCUAUAGCUCCUGUGAGCACACCCAGUCUUCCUUACCAGUUUUCACUAGUUGAUGGAGGAGAGUUUAAAGCUGAUAGUUGGUAUGGAUCCAUUCAACGUAAAGAGUUCUGUUUGGUAUCUAUUGUUGGGGAGAAACGUCUACCCAAAUCAUCAACUAAUGGAGAUGAGUCAGAGGAAGAGGAGGAGGAGGAGCAAGAGGAAGAAGCAGAAGAGGAAACUGAGGAGGAAGCGGAAGAUGGUAAUAGUGAUUCAUCCAGUGAUUCUGAUAAGACUAAAGAUCCACCAGGAGGUAGGAGUGGAGGACAAAUAUUAGAAAUUGUGACGGAUGAGAGACUUGAGAUUAGCAUUGAUCCAGUUAAUGAUGGACUAGUGAAUGUAGCAGAAAAUGAGGAAGUUGAAGAGCAAAUGAUUCAUCAACAAUCACAGUCUCUGGCAUCUACUGCAGCAGAAUCUACUGGUGUUGAAGAGGCUAUGACAUAUGCUGGACUGGUUUAUUAUGAGGAGAAAAGAGCUGAAGAUUUGGUGACAUUUGCUGUUGUUAAAGAUCUCAAUGCACUUCUUGAGUUUAUUAAGAAAGACUGUCCUCAUGCUGAAAGAGGACAAAAUAUUCUAUUUCGUUUCAAAGAUUAUAAUGGAUAUAUUGAAUUAAAGUUUGAUGCUCCUCAAAAGAAACCAUUCACUGGUUGGUGUAUUGAGCCUCACAUGGAUUCAUGCAAAUUUCUACGUUGUGAUGUUGAUAAGUUUGGUGAAGCUAAUUAUCCUCUUCCUUCCACUUGUCUGGUAUCAGUAUAUGGAUCAGAUGAUGCUGUUCCUACACUACAUUACUCUGUACCACUAGAUGGAGUAGCUGAUCCUAAGACAUUAUUCAUUCACCGAUCACUGAGAACCCUGGGUUUGUCCCUACCAGCAAUUCCUGUAAAUCCAAGGCCCCUACCAGUGCUGAGAAAAAGAGAACAAGGCCUUGAUUUAGUUUCUAUUAAAAAACGAGUACAGCAAGUUCUUACAAAACAUCAAGCUGUUUUGAGUGAAGCUUUUAGUCUUUCUUUGUCCAGCAUAUUCAAUGAAAUGGCUGGAGUAGGUAUUGUCAGUAAUGACUCUGAAAAAUCCUAUGAAGCAAUAAUUAAGAGCUUUAAAGUGGGAAUGAGUUUCAUGAAAAGUUCAUCUGAUCUGGAGUCAUACUGUGUGAAGUUUCUCAAUGGAUUAUCUAAAGUUGGUGGGCCAGUGGCUCUAGCAGCUGAAACAAUAUGUGAUGAAUGGACUGAGGCAAGUGAAGGAGAACUAUUGUUUGAUUGCUUAGCAAAAAGAACCAAAAAUACUUAAUUUAAUAAUUAUUCUCGAAAUUUGCAUAUUAAAAAAUAAA